CUCUUCCAUGUGUUGUGGGGGAGUGGAGUCAUUGGAGUGGCUGUGCAGAACAAUGUCAACCUCAUCUGCGGAUACGUAGGCGGUAUGUACAGCAGGAACCUAAAAAUGGCGGGGAACCUUGUCCUGCUCUAGAGGAGAAGGCUGGCUGCCUGGAAUACCUGACUUACCAGGGAGAGGACUGCGGCCAUGAACAUGUCCCUGCUUUCAUAACUACCUCUGAAUAUGGUAAAGAAAGAAAACGACGAGCAGCAUCUUCUCCCUGGCCUUCAGACAAAGACAAAGCUGGAUAUUGUGUGGAAUUUAAAACAGAGUCACUUACCCCCCACUGUGCUUUGGAGAAUCGACCAUAUGCUCGAUGGAUGCAGUACCUACGAGAAGGACAUACUGUGUGCGUUACUUGCCAGCCUCCAGCUAUGAAUACUGACACGCAUCGCUGUUCCGGAGAUGGCCAUAACGCAGAUGGAGGUAAAAUCUUACACUGGGAAGCAGUUGGCAACUCUCAGUGCCAAGGAACCUGGAGGAAGAUUCGGCAACUGGAGCACUGUUCAUGUCCCCUUGUGCAUAGCUUUAUUUUUACAUGAAAGUUUAAAGGACCUUUAAAAGAGCAACAACAAAAAGAUUAAGAAAAGUAACGCCAAUGCCAAGAA